GAGCUUCUUCCUUCUUCCCACUUGCGGCAUCAUUCCAAGCAACGCAGCGCCGGCGCCCUACCAACCAGCCCUGCACGAUGCUAUAAGCUGAUGAAAUCCGCCGAGGAGAAGAAGACGUCUUAGGAUACGGCUCACACGGGCUUUGCGGCCCUUGUUUAACUCGAACCGGACCGUCCUGUUGGUGGGAAAGGAAGCCUGUGUCGGGCUAUGGAAGGAUAUAGGAACAUAGCCAGCCAUGAAUAUCUCACAGCCCAUCUCGUCGACCAUCGACAGCGUCGACUUCGAUUUCCUCACUCCCGCCGAAAUCAAAGCGAUAUCCGUCAAGAGAAUCGAGAACCCGACCACUUUCGACAGCCUCUUGAAUCCCGUCCCCGGCGGUCUCUACGACCCUGCUCUCGGGGCUUGGGGGGAUUCGAUAUGUACGACUUGUAACCUCGCGCAGCCCCAUUGCCCCGGCCAUGUCGGCCACAUCGAUCUUCCCGUCCCGGUCUACCACCCCGUGUUCAUGGACCAGGUGCUAAGGCUCCUCCGUGCCCAGUGCCAAUACUGCUUCCGCUUUCGCAUGCGACGGGUCGACCUCAGCCUCGUCGCUUGCAAACUUCGUCUCCUCCAGUUUGGCCUCAUCGACGCGGCCAAACAUAUUGACGAUAUCGCCCUGGACACCGCCGACGGACAGAUGGACGAUGAACAGGAUUCCGACGGGGCGGAUAUUACCUUGGCUGAGAGACUGAUUCUUGCGAGAGAAACAUAUACGAGGGAUGCGCUUAAGGAGCAUCGGCUGGGAACUGCCGACAUCAGGAAGGGUAAACAUGAAGGCGCGUCCGAGGCUAGGAGAGAAGUGCUCAAAAACUUCUUGAGAGAUAUGACCAAAGGGAGAGCCUGUGCUACGUGUAAAGCCAUAUCUCCGAGUUUCAGAAAAGAUCGCUUUGUUAAGAUUUUCGAGAAGCCCCUCAGCGCCAAGGACCAAGUAAAGAUGGCCCAAAGCAAGUUCCGUCACAAGGACGCCCUAGUUAUCAGGCGGGAAUCCAAAACCGACACGGCUAAGAAUCCCGGCUACGAUACAGACGAGGGGAUAGCCGACGUCGACCUCCCGUCGAGCGAAGGGGAAGAGCAGGAGAGCAAUGAGGACGAGGAAGGUGAGGGCGAGGAGCUUGAUGAAAACGGGGACGUGAUCAUGUCAGGAAGUGGCGCUGCCGCCAAGUCCUCCCAGGCCAAAGACACCGCUGCCAAAUCUCACCAACGGUAUGUCAACUCGAUGGAGGUCCAGGCCCGGCUUCAGCUCCUGUUCGAAAAAGAACAAGAUAUAAUGGGUUUGGUGUACAACUCUAGACCGCUCGGGAAGAAAGUCCCGGCUGAUAACUUCUUCCUGCAAACUAUCCUCGUCCCCCCGAACAAAUUCCGCCCGGAAGCUCGUCAAGGGGAUGGAGCUAUCGCGGAGGCACAGCAGAACUCUCUCUACAAGCAAAUCCUUGCAGCAUGUGCGCACAUCGCCCAGAUACACAAGGAGAUAUCGCAACACGGGAAAGACCCAAAUGCGGAAACGCGACAACGCGACAUAUCCGAAAUGCACGAGGCCUGCAUCCAACUUCAGGACGCCGUGAAUUCCCUAAUCGACCGAGAUAGAAAUCCCAUCCGCGGUGCCGCUGGGAAGAGAAAUGAAGAUGGUAUCAAACAAAAGCUGGAGAAGAAAGAGGGGCUCUUCAGAAAAAACAUGAUGGGCAAGCGAGUAAAUUACGCCGCGCGAAGCGUCAUCUCGCCCGACCCGAACAUCGAGACCAGCGAAAUAGGCGUUCCUCCUGUUUUUGCUAAGAAGCUAACGUACCCGGAGCCAGUCACGAGCCAUAACUUUCGAGAAAUGCAACAGGCGGUUAUCAAUGGUGUGGACAAGUGGCCCGGAGCCUCGGCGAUCGAGAACGAGAACGGACAGAUCAUCAACCUCAAGAACAAAACUGUCGAAGAUCGGGUUGCCCUAGCGAAUCAACUUCUCGCCCCUACCAGCCACGAGCACGCCGGGAUGAAGGGUAAGAAAGUCCAUCGCCAUCUAGGCAACGGCGACGUGGUGUUGAUGAACCGACAACCCACCCUUCACAAACCCUCCAUAAUGGGCCACCGAGCCAGAGUCCUACCCGGAGAGAAGACGAUCCGCAUGCACUACGCGAACUGCAAUACGUACAACGCGGAUUUCGACGGUGACGAGAUGAACAUGCAUUUCCCGCAGAACGAACUCGCGCGAGCCGAAGCCUUGAAGAUUGCCGACACAGACCACCAGUACCUCUCGGCGACUGCCGGGAAGCCCCUCCGAGGCUUGAUCCAGGACCAUCUGUCCGUCUCCGUGGCCCUCUGCAGCAAGGACGCCUUCUUCGACAAGGGCGCCUAUCACCAACUGAUCUACAGCGCACUCCGGCCCGAAAGCGGGCACAUCACGUCCGAGAGACUCGUGCUUGUGCCCCCGGCGACUCUGAAACCUGUCAAGCGCUGGACCGGUAAGCAGGUCAUCACAACGAUAUUGAUGAAUAUCAAGCCUGCCGGCUGCGGUGACCUCUGGCUCACCGGGAAAUCGUCAAUACCGCCGGGGGCCUGGGGAAGCUUCGUGGAAGAAGGCAACGUUCUGAUUAGCGACGGCGAGUUUAUCUCCGGCAUCCUCGACAAGUCGCAGCUGGGCCCGAGUUCCGGCGGCUUCAUUCACUCGAUCCACGAGAUCUGGGGCCCCGAAAGCGCCGCCAAAUUGCUCAGCUGUCUAGGUCGGCUCCUCACUCGGUUCCUCAACAUGCGUGCUUUCAGCUGCGGUAUGGACGAUCUGCGUCUUACCCCUGAGGGCGAACAGAAUCGCAAGAAGAAGCUGGAAGGUGCCAAGGAUAUCGGUCUCAAAGUUGCUGCCAAGUACGUGAGUUUGGGCGACCGUUCCGACGUCACCAGUACGGAUCCUAUGUUACUAGAGCGCCUCGAGGAGGUAAUGCGCGACGAUAGCAAGCAAGAAGACCUGGACCACGUGGUGAACGCGGAAUCUAGCCAGCUGUCUAGCGAGGUGACUAGAGCCUGCCUCCCGGUAGGGCUGGAGAAGCCGUUCCCCAAGAAUCAGAUGCAGUCGAUGACGACGUCUGGCGCUAAGGGAAGUUCCGUCAACGCAAACUUGAUCUCUUGCAACCUCGGCCAGCAGGUUCUCGAGGGCCGGAGAGUGCCUCUGAUGGUGAGCGGGAAAUCACUACCGUGUUUCCGACCCUUUGAGAGCAACGUGCGUGCCGGCGGUUAUGUCGUGAAUCGUUUCUUGACCGGCAUUCGGCCUCAGGAGUACUUCUUCCAUCAUAUGGCCGGACGUGAAGGUCUUAUCGACACGGCCGUGAAGACAUCCCGAUCCGGGUAUCUACAGAGGUGUCUCAUUAAGGGCAUGGAAGGCUUGAAGGUGGCUUACGAUUCGUCAGUUCGAGAUGCGGACGGGUCAAUGGUCCAAUUCCUAUACGGGGAAGACGGCCUAGACAUCACGAAGCAAAAGUACCUGAACGACUUCAGCUUCGUGCUUCGCAACCAGACGUCCCAGAUCAAUCAGCUUGGCAUCGCCGAUCGGGGUUGGGAUCAGGAGAUUUACGAGUCCAGGGAGUUUGCUCAGAAGUAUUCGAAGAAAGCCGUUAAACAGGCUAAAGCUAACUAUCUGACUGGCCUCGAUCCUAUCCACACCGAGUUGAAUCCUAACCGACACGCGUUUUCCACUUCGGAGAAGUUCUAUGAGAAGGUAUCCGAGUACAUCAAAACUAACCCGGACGGCUUGAUCAAGAGAAAGGAUGAGAAGACCCCGGCCCACAUGUCCAAGGUCGUCACCCCUCGCAAGUACGCGGAGAAGAUAUUCUACACAAAAUAUCUCAGCUCCCUCGUGGAGCCCGGCGAGGCCGUCGGCAUCGUUGCCGGUCAAUCGGUCGGCGAGCCGUCGACGCAGAUGACGUUGAAUACUUUCCAUCUGGCGGGUCACUCGGCCAAGAACGUCACUCUCGGUAUUCCUCGGCUGCGGGAGAUCCUCAUGACAGCCAGCGACCACAUCUCGACACCGUCCAUGACGCUAGUACUAAACGAGGAGCUGUCGGAGGUAGAAGGUGAGAUAUUUGCGAAGGCAAUCAGCAUCCUCCCGCUCUCGCAUGUUCUCGACAAGGUGACGGUGAAGGAGCGCGUCGGAAAGGGUAUCGGCUACCGCGAGGCGAAGAUGUUCGAUGUUCGCCUCGAGUUUUUCCCUUCGAGCGAAUACUCGAAAACCUAUGCGAUUAGCGUCUCGGAUGUGCUCGACACGCUCGAAACCGAGUUCCUCCCCAGGUUAGAGAAGCUCGCCAGAAAGGAGAUCAAGGCGAAGACGGUCCGAGAAGGUGCUUCGGCGCCCGAGGUCGGCGUUAAGGCGGGGGUAGUCGAGAUGGCCUCCGCUAACCCUGGUGCCGCGGCCCGGGACGAGGACGAGGACGAGGACGAUGAUGAUGAUGAUGAUGACGCGACAAACGCAAAACAACGUGCGAAUAAGGAGCAGGCAGUCUCGUACGGCGCAAACGACGACGAAGACGACGAAAUACGAAGGCAAUUGGAACGCGAGGCGUCACCCGAGGACGAAGAAGAGCCGGAAGACGAAGGAAUCGGCGGCAGCCCGCCCCCGUCAGGCGACGACGAGAGUUCCGACGACGGCGAAGGGGGGAAAGGGACGGGCGGCGGGCGCGAAAACCGCGUCAAGGAGAGGACGCCGGCGGUAUCCCGAUUCGAAUGCGACGAGAGCAAAGGCGAGUGGUGCGACUUCACGCUCGAGUACGACUCCAACAUACCGAAAAUCCUGAUGUUGAGCGUGGUUCAGGAGGCGGUCCGGAAGACGCUCGUGCAGCAGAUCGCGGGGAUCCGGUCGUGCACGUACGUGAGCAAGGAGACGGUGUCGGACCUGCGGACGGGGGCGAAGGAGAACCGGGCGGUGGUCCACACGAACGGGGUCAACCUGCAGGCGAUGCAGAAGUACGGGGACUUCAUCGACCCGAACCGGACCCAGACGAACGACAUCGCGGCGGUGCUGCGGGUGUACGGGGUGGAGGCGGCGCGGCGGAACAUCAUCCUGGAGCUGUCGCGGGUGUUCGAGGGGCACGGGAUCAGCGUGGACAACCGGCACCUCAACCUGAUCGGGGACUACAUGACCCGGAACGGGGGGUUCACGCCGUUCAACCGCAACGGGCUCAAGGGCAACGUCAGCCCGUUCACCAAGAUGAGCUUCGAGACGACGCUGGCGUUCCUCAAGGACGCCGUGCUGGACGGCGACUGGGACGACCUGAGCACGCCGAGCAGCCGCAUCGUCGUCGGCAGGCUCGGCAAGAUCGGCACCGGCGCCUUCGACGUGCUCACAAGGGCACACCCCCGGAACGGGAAGCAGUACUCGAGUUAACGCGUUCGCGGGGGGGAGGGGGGGGGAAGACGGAUACGAGGAGUUUUGGGGAGUUUUUCAAAUUCGUGACGGGGUGGGAGAGGGUUCUCGGCAAACUUAGUUUGUGUUGUUGUUUUUUUUUCUUUUUCUGUUCUUUUGGAUUGGAAAAGAGGAUACCAGAUAUUUCCUGUGCGCAACGUUUUCCUGUAGAAGAAGAAGAAGAAAGGCAUGCAGACGUCUCUACCUUUUUUACCCAUGUCCAAUCGAAGUGUCUUCCCCCCUCCCCGGACGUGGUCGGUGGUUGUGCGAGUCGAGAGAUUAUAGACGCUGUUACGCUCUCGCCGCGGCGGUCACGAGGUUACCUACCGAUUCCUGAUGAAACCGACCGAAUCGGUUGGACGGGCGUGUUGUAUGUACUACUGUGUAGGUGCGCCGCAGGGCAUGGCGGGUUACGUCCGCGAUCCCGGCUGUCUCGCGGUGGCAUACUUGUAGAGUCCUCACUUAGGUAGCUACUUAGGCAUUAAAAAAAUGUUGCUGUA